AUGGCAAGUGAUCCGCUGGCCGCCGUGCAGCAGCUGCAGAGCGUCGUGACGACGCUGGCGCCGUCGUUGCGUCCUCAAGUGCUCCCGAAGGGUGUUGACUAUGGUCUGGACCUGAUUCUGUCGCUGUGCAAGACUGAGGAGCAGCGGCAAACGCUGUUGGCGCUUGUGCGCAGCAGCAAACCGAACGCUGGCGAGGCGGCGAAGACGAAGACGCAGCAGGAAAAGGAAGGCACGGACGACGAAGAGGAGGGGGAAGACGAAGACUACUUGGAGCCGCAAGUGGUCGGCACCUUCGACGUGGAGAGCAGGGUCUUUGCCGUGCAAAAAGUGCAAUGGAUGCACGAGCGCGACGCCGUGGUGCACGAGUUCGCGCGCUUCAUUGAGCUGCAGCUGGAGAACCCGAUCGCUGCCAAGCAGGUCGUGCAGUACUUCUUGGAGAUUAACGGCCACAAGCCCGAGGAGGCCACGCUGGCGCAGCAGUGCUUCAGCUCUGCCUUUGCAUUGCAGACGCUGCUUCGUGCGUUCCCGCGCUUGCCGGUUGCUGUCGGUGGCAAGGUUGUCGAGAUCACUGAGGACUCGGAUGUAGCGGAAGUGUUUGCGCCACUGUUUGCUCCCAAGAAGACCAAAAAGGCCAACAAGAGCAAGUCCAGCCCUGCUCAGAAGCAGGAACCUACCAAGAAGGGCAAGACAAAGCAGCAGAAGUCGAAGAAGAGGAAGAGCACGUAA